GCCGGAAGUAGUGUGCGUGCAGUCUGCGGUGCGCAUGUGUGGUGUCCGGUUGUGAGGAGCAAGAAUCGGCUGUAAUAAUGAAGCAUGUUUUCCUGACUGGCGCUCCUGGUGUGGGUAAAACCACUCUGGUGAAGAAAGUUUGUGAAUCUGUGCUCUCCACUGGAGUCUCUGUCAAUGGCUUUUAUACAGAGGAGGUAAGAGAGAGAGGAAGGAGAGUGGGCUUUGAUGUGGUCACGCUUACGGGUGAUAGAGGACGUCUGUCCAGGGUCAGCUCUGAAUCAGCCGCAGGCAGACGUGAAUAUCGAGUUGGUCAGUAUGCCGUCGAUCUUCAGUCAUUUGAAAGUCUUGUCCUCCCCCUUUUCAAAGAGAGACAGGAGGGAAGCAGAAGGUUGUUUGUCAUUGAUGAGAUUGGAAAAAUGGAGCUGUUCAGUCAAAAGUUUAUUCGAGCAGUGAGAGAGACUCUGGAUGCCUCCAGAUGUUCUGUCCUCGGCACCAUUCCUGUUCCUAAAGGAAAACCUCUCGCACUGGUAGAGGAGGUGCGCAGCAGACAAGAUGUCAAGAUCUUUAUGGUCACAAAGGAAAACAGAGACGGAUUGUUUGAUGAGAUUGUUUCGGCUCUUCAGGAGUGCCUGAAAUAAAAUAAACAAGACUGAACAUAAAGGUAAAAUGAACGUUUUUCUGUUCAGCAUUUCGGAUGAACCAACCUUGCCUCAUAUUGAUUCAGAGCUAGAUCACUGAAGGAAGAGAGCGUGAGAUCUGUCGAUGAAGACAUCCUGGAGGAAUGAGUGAGAUGAAAGGGGGGAGACCCCUGUGGACAUUUGUCCACCCUUAAAUGUUUUCUGUUGUCUUUAGUUGGACAGAUAGUCCAUGUCUUUGUUUUGUUUUUCGCAGAGCCAAAUGUUUCCAGUGUCUACAGUUUCAGCUGGAAAGGGAAAAUAAAUUUAUAUUUGAAUAGAAAUACUGACAGGCCUCCAGACGGACUUUAAUGUUAAUAUUUGUUUGCUAUUGUGUAUUAAAGAUAAAUGUGAUUUAUAAUAGAAAUUAACUUUGCAGAAAUUAAUACACAAUACAGUAUUUAACGGCCCAUGUUAAAAAAUAAAAGUUUAAAAUGUUUCAUCCUAUGCUUGCUGGUCAAUUUAUUAAAACAUCAAAAUGCAAUUUUA